UUUGUGUUGCACACCAGAACGCGGAAGUGAAACGCUGCUCCCCUGUUUACGUUUUCGCACCAAGUAGAGAACCCCCCGCUGCGCCAAACGCCAUGGCCGUGAGCGCCGUCCACCUGGAGUCGGACGCCUUCCUCGUGUGUAUGAACCACGCGCUGAGCACGGAAAAGGAGGAGGUGAUGGGUCUGUGCAUCGGAGAGGUGGAGACCACCCGGAUCGUCCACAUACACUCGGUCAUCAUCCUCCGCCGCUCGGACAAGAGGAAGGACCGAGUGGAGAUCUCUCCGGAGCAGCUGUCGGCGGCCUCCACGGAGGCGGAGAGGCUGGCCGACAUGACCGGUAGGCCGAUGCGGGUGGUCGGCUGGUACCACUCCCACCCGCACAUUACCGUGUGGCCCUCUCACGUCGACGUGAGGACCCAGGCGAUGUACCAGAUGCUGGACCAGUGCUUCGUGGGCCUCAUUUUCUCCUGCUUCAUCGAGGACAAGAACACCAAGACGGGCCGGGUGCUGUACACGGGCUUCCAGUCCGUGCAGGCGCAAAAGGGCUCCGAGUACGAGCGGGUGGAGAUCCCCGUCCACGUCGUGCCCCGCGAGGCCAUCGGCAAGGUGUGCCUGGAGUCGGCCGUGGAGCUGCCGCGGAUCCUGUGCCAGGAAGAGCAGGACACCUACCGCAAGAUCCACAGCCUCGCGCACCUGGACGCCGUCACCAAGAUCCACAACGGCUCGGUGUUCACCAAGAACCUGUGCAGCCAGAUGUCCGCGGUGAGCGGGCCGCUGCUGCAAUGGCUGGAGGACCGGCUGGAGCAGAACCAGCAGAGCAUCGUGGAGCUGCGGCAGGAGAAGGAGAGGCUGCAGCGGGAGCUGGCUGCGAUGUGAGCCGCGAGGACCGUUUUGGGGGGGAGGGGGGUUGUCGACACACACACACACACACACAAAAAAAAAAAGGAAACGGACCUACUUUUUUUUUGCUGGUUCUAGGUUAUUUUUCCGUUUUGUACCAACCGAAAAGUGUUCAUAAUAUGAAUAAUGAAAGAAACCCGUCUUGAUAUAAAGAGUGGGCAUCGUAGUCAAGGCUGCUUGUUCUUUAUGAGAAAUGUCCUUAUUUAAAUCGAUAUUUUACGAAUAAACUAAUACGUAUUUUCUCACUUUCCUCGAUUAAUCAUUUGGGCCAUAACAUGUACGAAAAAAAUGUCUUCUGCGAACAUAGGUCCAAAACAAAAGAUGCUCAAUUUACAAUGAUGAACAAACAGAAACACCCCAAUAACUCACAUUUGAGAAGCUUUUUUCAUUUGUAUUUGUCAUUUUUAAUAAACAGGACAAACAUUCACA